AUGCCUCGGUGCAGGCCCUGGCGGUCGCCGCCUCGCUGGCCCAACAUCUUCCGGCAACACGACGACCUGGUCGAUGGUCAGCGCCUCGCGCCUGCCUUCCUGUGGGUCCUGCGAGACUUCGCGCUGGCGCUCGAGGACCUUGCCGGCAACAAGAUCACCGCGCAGCAGUAUAUGGAGGGCAUCCUCACGCCCGGGGGCGCAGCCGUAGAUGCCGCCGCCCCUCCGGGUGUCGACGGCGCGUCGUGGCAGGGCCACCGGGAGGCGAGGGCGACGAUCAGGGAACUCUUCCCCGAGAGGGACUGCGCCACGCUGUGCUUGCCAGUGGAGGACGAGGAGCAGCUGCAGGUGCUCGGGCAGAUGAAGCUGGACGAGAUGAGACCGAAGUUCGCUAGGCAGGUGGGCGAGCUGCGCUCCAGGGUGUUGCAGGGCUGCCCGGUGCUGCGGGCGCCAGGCGGGGAGAUGGCCACGGGGGGCGCGUGGAUCGCGCUGCUCCAGUCCCACGUCGAGGCCAUGAACGCCGGCGGCGUGCCCAAGCUCGGCUCGGCGUGGCAGCACGUGUCGGAGCAGGAGUGCGCGCGGGCGCUGGAGGAGGCGAUGCGGGCGUUUUCGGCCGCCACGCUCGGCCUGGCGGCCUCCUUCCCGACCGGCGAGGAGGAGCUGGACCUGGUCUUCCAGCACGGCCGGGCGUCGGCCAUGCAGCGGUUUGCCGAGGUCGCGCUGGGCGACGGCCGGGCGCGCGAGGACUUCCUGGCCGACCUGGAGCGCGAGCUGCAGGAGUCGGCCUCGCGCCUCCGCAGGGAGAACAGGGACGCUGCUCUGCGGGCCAACGAGGCGUGGCUGAGGCAGAGGCUGGAGCGGGACUUCGAGGGCAAGUUCCGCGACUACCAGCACCGCUUCGACACGGGCACGCUGACCGUCGAGGCCUGCAAGGAGGCCGAGACGGUGCUGACGGGCAAGCUGAAGCUGCUGCGGGCGGCCUACAUGGAGGAGGCGGUGGGCCCGGAGGAGGCCAUUGUGGAGGCCGUGGAGCGCCUCCUGGUCCAGCGCCAGGAGGCGCUCCGGCGCGAGCUGGCGGCCUGGCACCGCGCCGCCUCCCGGAAGGGCCGCCAGGGCGCCGGCGGCGCGGCGGCUCCUGGGGACGUGCACCUCCGCGAGAAGGGCGGCCGGCGCGGGCGUGGGCCCGGGGCCGGCGAGCCGGGCGAGCAGCCCAAGUGCUGCGCGGUCCAGUGA